UUAGAUUUUUGUCCAAUUACAGAGCUGUACAAGAUUUAUCCCGCCCAUUUGACACUUUCGGCUUCUCUGAUUGGAUGCGUUGGCUCCUACUGGAGUAGCCGUUCGUUUCUUUGUGCUUUACUCACGGCAGCUGCGAGGAGCUCUCCACUCCCCUCCGCAUUUCAAGAGAGUCACCUGUCUUCAUUUGUGAUGCUGUCCAGUAAGAAGUCAGACCCAGGCUCCUCCUCUUCCUCUGGGGGUAACGGUGGUGACCGUGCCCCUGAAACCCUCUCUGCCCCCCAGUCUGUGGCUGUUAGUAUCUGUGGUCCAGGUUCAGCGGAUGUAAGAAAGAAAGAGAGAGCCUCCCCUAGUGGAGAACCAGGUGGACCUCCUCUCUUGCAUCCUCCUGGACCAGGAGGGAUCGAUCUGGACUCCGCAGAGGGCCGCAGGACAAGUCGCCGCAAGAGAGCCAAGGUGGAGUACAGGGAGAUGGACGAGAGCCUUGCUAAUCUCUCGGAGGAUGAGUACUACUCGGAAGAGGAGAGGAACGCUAAAGCCGAAAAAGAGAGAAAGCAGGUGAUUCCUCCACCUGCUCCACCUGUAGAGGAGGAGAAUGACAGCGAACCAGAGGAGCCAUCGGGUGUAGAGGGGGCAGCAUUCCAGAGCCGUCUUCCACAUGACCGUAUGACAUCACAGGAAGCUGCAUGCUUCCCUGACAUCAUCAGUGGACCACAGCAUACUCAGAAAGUGUUCCUAUACAUCAGAAACCGUACGCUUCAGCUCUGGUUGGACAACCCAAAAGUUCAGCUGACCUUCGAGUCUUGUGUCCAGCAGCUAGAAGCGCCAUACAACAGUGAUGCUGUUUUAGUGCACCGGAUACACAGCUACCUGGAAAGACAUGGGUUUAUCAACUUUGGUGUCUACAAGAGAGUAAAGCCUCUGCCAACUAAGAAGACAGGAAAGGUGAUUAUAAUCGGAGGUGGCGUAUCAGGGCUGGCAGCCGCACGACAGCUGCAGAGUUUUGGAAUGGAUGUGACCGUUCUGGAGGCAAGAGAUCGUGUAGGUGGGCGCGUGGCCACGUUCCGAAAAGGGAACUAUGUUGCUGACCUUGGAGCAAUGGUGGUGACUGGUCUGGGUGGAAACCCGAUGGCUGUAGUAAGCAAACAGGUCAACAUGGAGCUGGCCAAAAUCAAACAGAAGUGUCCACUUUAUGAAGCCAAUGGACAGGCGGGGGAGCGCUGCACAAGUGUCCCUAAAGAAAAGGACGAGAUGGUAGAGCAGGAGUUCAAUCGUUUAUUGGAGGCCACGUCAUACCUCAGCCACCAGCUUGACUUCAACUUUCUUAACAAUAAACCCGUCUCUUUGGGACAAGCCCUGGAAGUCGUCAUACAGCUGCAGGAAAAGCACGUGAAAGAUGAACAAAUCGAACAUUGGAAGAAGAUUGUAAAGACCCAAGAGGAGCUCAGGGACCUCCUCAAUAAGAUGGUGGCUGCUAAAGAGAAAGUGAAGGAGCUGCAUCAGCAGUAUAAAGAAGCCAGCGAGGUGAAGCCACCCAGAGACAUCACAGCCGAGUUCCUGGUGAAGAGCAAACACAGAGACCUCACAGCACUCUGCAAGGAGUAUGAUGAGCUGGUGGAGAUGCAGGUUAAACUGGAGGAGAGACUUCAGGAGUUGGAGGCCAACCCACCCAGUGAUGUGUAUUUGUCUUCAAGAGACAGACAGAUUCUCGACUGGCACUUUGCUAAUCUGGAGUUUGCCAAUGCCACACCUCUCUCCACGCUUUCGCUCAAACAUUGGGAUCAGGACGAUGAUUUUGAGUUUACCGGCAGUCACCUGACCGUGCGAAACGGGUACUCGUGCGUUCCCGUGGCCCUUGCCGAGGGCUUGGACAUCAAACUCAACACUGCAGUCAGACAAGUCCGAUACACAUCAUCCGGUUGUGAGGUGAUAGCUGUAAAUACACGCUCCACUACACAGACGUUUAUUUAUAAGUGUGAUGCUGUGCUGUGCACUCUGCCUUUGGGGGUCAUGAAGCAACAGCCGCCAGCCGUGCAGUUCGUGCCUCCACUGCCGGAAUGGAAGACCGCUGCUAUUCAGAGAAUGGGGUUCGGGAACCUUAACAAGGUGGUGUUGUGUUUUGAUCGAGUGUUCUGGGACCCCAGUGUUAACCUCUUUGGUCACGUGGGAAGUACCACAGCCAGUCGAGGGGAACUGUUUCUCUUCUGGAACCUUUACAAAGCUCCCAUACUGCUGGCAUUGAUGGCAGGAGAAGCCGCUGGCAUUAUGGAGAACAUAAGUGAUGAUGUCAUCGUUGGGCGGUGUCUGGCAAUCCUCAAGGGAAUUUUUGGAAGCAGUGCGGUACCACAGCCAAAAGAGACGGUCGUGACUCGCUGGCGUGCCGACCCCUGGGCUCGUGGAUCUUACUCGUACGUAGCCGCCGGUUCGUCUGGUAAUGACUAUGAUCUCAUGGCCCAGCCCAUCACACCUGGUCCUGCGAUACCUGGAGCUUCACAGCCCGUCCCACGUCUGUUCUUCGCGGGCGAACACACCAUCAGGAACUAUCCCGCCACGGUCCACGGCGCUCUGUUGAGCGGGCUGAGGGAAGCCGGAAGAAUUGCGGAUCAGUUCCUAGGGGCCAUGUACACUAUGCCACGUCCAGCUACGGCCAACCCAAACCCACAACCCUCGCCCAGCGUCUAAUACAUUUUUGAACGCAACGCAGCUGAGAGAAAUGAUCUGUGAUAAAAAUAUCUUUGUAGAUAAACUUGCGGUAGGUCAAGUGAGGACACUGGGUGACUCCUUAGACUGGGAAUGCGUGUGUGUGUGUGUUUAUGGGACUGUGUCUGUAAGAACAUGCCGUCGGGGAAAUAGUUCACUAAUCUGGGAGCUGAAGCUGGGAUUUAAUGAAACCUUUCACUCGGUUCCCUCCUGCUGAUGUAGCUUCACUGACUAAAUACUUACUGUAGGUCAUCUAUAGUGUAAUAGGACGGGUGGACGGUUCACAAAGAAUUCUUGGGAUUGUUUUCCUAGUUUGCUCCCCGGAAAAACACAAAGAACUGAUAACUCCGCUCACCUGCAACUCUGGACGUUUUUGCUCGCAAAGUAUCAGAUAUUUCAAGGCACAUUACAGUACAAACCGCAGUAGAGACUUUUUUUGUUGCCGAAGGACUGAAGAGAUGGAUGCAUCCUAAUAAAUCUAUUGCAUACUGUUAACACAUUCCCUUAUAUUUUUUCAUAAUAUAAAGUAAAGGAUAUGUUGAUGAAUCAUAGCUUGCCUGUACUGAGCUUGUAGCUUCAAUGUUUUUGGGGAAAAAAAUUAUAUUAGCUGGAAAUGCACAUUGUGUUGCUGAUAGGUUUGUUUUUGUUAAAUAUUAGAAAGUAAAUUAUAGCUGGUUUUGUAUUGUCUUUUUUUUGAGCAUCUAAUAGUUUUUAUGAGCUUUAUUUUUUAUUUUGAUUAUCUGUUUGUUUUUUAUUUUUUGGUAUUAAAAUUAAUAUGAUCUCUACCUUAUGUGAUCUUUAUUUUGGGGUGUAUUCAAGAAUAAGCAUGUGCGCUCUUAAAAAUAAAGGUUCAAAUGUU